AUGUUCGCCAACAGUGCAGAGAAUAACUUUCGUGCAGCAUCGGAUGCCUUCACGACAGUUUCGAGCAUUGCGAAGACCCUCGGUUUCUUCGGGUCUCAAGAAGCAGCGCCCGCCGCAUCGGUGGCCACUUCUUCGUCAGGCGCUCAAGCUGCUGCUCUCCCUGCCGCUGGAGAAGCAGCUUCAUCAGGUGGCGGAUGGGGCUGGGGGAAGUUGGCACUGGCAGCAGCAGCUGCGACUACCGUUACUGCGGGCGCUGGUACCGCAGUUUACAUGAACAGGUCCAAUAUCACACAAGGAUUCAGCUGGGUUACGUCGCACUUGGAAUUCGUAGGCGCAUUAUUCACUUCCGAAGAGUUGAAGACAAGGGUUAUGAGGGCUUCUUCCGUCCCCGGCAUAGGAAUUGCCAAUUUCUACACUGUAUUGGGUAAAGGUGCGAAGUCUGUAUCUAACACCCAGGGGAAGACGGUUGAAGUAGGAGGUGGAGGUCUCCGAACCUUCUGCUCUCUUCCACCAAAACCAAGGUCUGGAUCUACGUCGACACCUACCUCGCCGUCUUCAUCGAAGGACAAGGCCUCUCCUCCUGCGGGGAGCGCAGCGGCUUCAUCCGAUAAUAGAGGAGCGGCGGAUAUCGAUGUUGGAAAUCGGGAUUUGAGGACCUGGUGGUUCCCUCAGCUGAAUGAUAAAGCGACCGAUGAGGUCAAUGCGCAUAUGUAUAUGUUUACACAGGCUACAAAUCCUGCGUAUAAAAAUAUGCUCGACGGAGCCGGGAAGCAGGUUAUGAGGUGGUGUAUCAAUUGGUAUGAUUCUCGAGGUUAG